GCGGUGGUUACCCUGAGGAGAAGCCAUCCGGGAAAGAGUUAAUGUAAGAGAGAAGGCAGCCUUGCUGAGGAUGAAGAAUCAUUAGAGAAGAUUUUUUAAAAAAGACUUUCUGUUUCAAAAGUCUUGAUCAUUUGGUGGUGUCUCCAAUUGCUACUUCUCAAUCAAGUCAUUUUGCUUCACCAGAAUGUUUUUUACAAUCUCAAGAAAAAAUAUGUCCCAGAAGUUGAGUUUAUUGUUGCUUGUCUUGGGACUCAUUUGGGGAUUGAUGUUACUGCACUAUACUUUCCAACAACCAAGACAUCAAAGUAGUGUCAAGUUACGUGAGCAAAUCCUGGACUUAAGCAAAAGAUACGUUAAAGCUCUCGCAGAGGAAAAUAAGAACGCGGUGGAUGUGGAGAGUGGUGCGUCGAUGGCAGGAUAUGCGGAUCUGAAAAGAACAAUUGCUGUCCUUCUGGAUGACAUCUUACAGCGCUUGGUGAAGUUGGAGAACAAGGUCGACUAUAUUGCAGUGAAUGGCUCAGCAGCCAACACCACCAAUGGUACUAGUGGGAGUUUGGUGCCAGUGACUCCAAAUAAAAGGAUCAGUGUGUCGGGCAGCAUCAGAUAGCAGUCGAAGACCACCUUGUGCUACUACAUCCACCGUGGGUUUCAUCCCAUCACAGGAACCCUUUCCUUGCUGGCUAAGACAGAAUAGUAUUCGACAAUAAAAGCUCUGCACAUUUUCAAGGAGUUUGCUGGAUUUUGAAACUCUAGUUCUGUACAUAAAAUUUCAAGCAUUAUUAGUUUGCUUUCAUGUAAGUCUCUUCAAUGCUGUUCUAUAUGCUUAAAGGGAAUUUUGUAACGAGGUUGAUGUAGUAAGCAGAGAGGUGAUCUUUGUAUAAAUCUUUUGUGUUUGAGAUCAAGCUGAAACAAAAACACUAGAAAGACAUGGAUUUGUUUCUAUAAAAUAUUUAUUUAAAUAUAUAACAUGUUUUUCUGAUAAAUGAAUAAAAUAUUGUUAUUGAAUCAUUCCUUCUGUUCUCAGUAGAUGUAAUUGUUAUUAGAAAAUAUGCUCACCUCCAGUACUGUAUUUUAUUACUCAGAUUAUGAACAGAGAAAGAAAGUGUAAUGGUGAAAAUAAUGCUUUGAAAUCAUGACCCAAAGAAUGUCUUCAUUUGCACUAUCCUUCAAAAUAAUUGAAGGUUAAUUGUAUAUUUUUAAAAUAACAUUUGUAAGAGUAUAAUUUUGAAAUGGGUAGCAGCCACUGUCCAUAACUUAAACAUUGGGGCAAAUUUGAAAUAGUAACGUCUAAUCUCAUACAAAAACUUUCUUAUAUAUAUUCUAAAGAAUAAUAUUUUUAUGAUAAAAAUAAUUAUUCAUGAUUUUUCACAUGCAUGAAUGUGGAUUUAAAAGUCAAAUCCCAGUGUCAUAUGCCUGUUGCCCAGCGCUCAGGAGACGGAGGCAAAAGAAUUACAUGUUCAAGGCUAGUCUGGGCAACAUAGACCCAACAAAAAUGAAAGGAAAAAGAAAAUGUUUAACCUGUUGAGUGUUUCUGCUGUCAGGAAAGCACAUUAUUUCCAUAUUUUAAUAAUGUCUGCUGUGGUUAUGUUGGAAGGAGAUGAGAAUACUUGAGGACUUUAGCCAGAUGUAUAUAAUAAAUGUAUUUGUGCUGCAUCAAAUUGCUUGAAAAUAUUAAUAUUACUUUAUCUUAUAUGAGUAUUCUGCUUUAGAAAAUUUUGGAUUAGAUAUUCAUUUUAUAUAAUGACCACUUAAAAUAACAUUUAAAACAUAAAUUAUGAAGAUUGACUAUCAUUUUAGGAAAAUAGCUACUGUACACAGCACAAGAAAUCUUAAUCUUGGAUAAUUCUAGUAUAGAACAAAAUCUUCAUUUAAAUACCCUUGAGCAAAUCUAAUUGCUAUGUGGUACCCUAUAUUUCAUAAUAUUUAUUCUAUAUAAUAACUGCUUAAGUGCAGCUAGCUUCUAGAUUUAGACUAUAUUUGAAUUUAGUUUCCAGUAUUUCAUUGUUAUACUGUGCUACAAGUAGUAGCAGUAAUUAUAUUUUGUUGAAAUAAGUAUGAGAAAAUACUGUGUCAUGAAAGGUAGCUUUCCAUACCGUCAUCUCUGUACUUUAUGUGAAGAAAUGACAUACCAUUGCCAGGUGAAGUUUGGAGUAGUUGUUCAGUCUUUGAUUAGAUGUGGAAAUUUUUAUUUUUUUGUUUCAGGGAUAAAAUAAAGUAUAUUAUUUGUACUUACAAAA